CAUAUCAAAGUGUUAAACCUGAACAAGCUGAACAAAACAAAUUAAAUGAUCAAGAUGAAUUGGAUGAAGAAAACAAUUCUGGAGAAGAUACUGAAACCAAUAUAUCAGAUACAAUUGCAUGA